AUGGUCAGCAGCUUGGACAUGAUUUUAAUGGACCAGGAGGGCACUAGAAUACAUGCAACAAUCAAAAAGAAUAUCAUAAAUGCAUUUCAAGCCCUCCUGGAAGAAGGAGCUGUAAGGCAAAUCACUAACUUUGGUAUGACCAUAAACGAAAGAGAUUACAUGUUGGUUGCUCACAAGCAUAAUAUAAAUUCCUACAAAACAACCACAAUUUGUGUAUCAACUCAUUUUGUUGAUAGGAUCGAUCCUUUUAAUUUUGUGAGUUUUCAUGAUCUAACAGCCAGAAAUUUUGACACUCGUGUUGCAUUUGAUUUUAUUGGUCAAGUUGUAUCUACUGAACUCAUGAGAGUGAUUAAGGAGAAUGCAAGGGAAACAAGGCUAAUGAGUAUUGUUGCACAAGAUCUGAGUGGUAGGAAAAUGCAAGUUGCUUUGUGGGAUGGUUUUGCAUUGAAGUUGAACAGCUACAUAUUUGAACAUCAAAAUGAAAAUGCUCUUGUGAUCAUCCUCCUACGUAUGGCAAAGCUCAAGACUUGGGGUGGUCAGCCACAAGUCGGUAACUAUUUAUUUGGGUCGAAAUUGCAUAUUAAUGAUGAUAUGCAUCAUAUUUCAGAAUUUAAAAAGGCUGAUGGUGAACCAUUUAAUUGUAAUGGUUGCGGAGGAGUUUCUGAUGUAUUCAACAAGGUAAGGGUCGUAAUACGUGUUUAA